AUUUGAGGGUGCGCAGCUCUCACACGCCUAACACACUUGCACUGAGAGAGACGAUUCACGGCGCUCGGAAGCCGGAGCAGUAAAUCUCUCAGCUGAGUUCCCAGCACAGUAGGUGUGGGAUUUACAUAACUCCUCCCGCUGGUUGAUAGCGAUCUGACGGGCUCAAAGUCCUGUUGUUGACUAGGCUGGAGAGCGAUCACAAAGAUCGGAGAUCUGAAAUUGGUGCGGCGCUUCACUAACCUGGACAACCGUAUAAAUUCGGACUUUAACCUCGGUUUCCCUUCUUGUCCUUUAGCUACACGAUGAAGCCUCGGACUGUCCCCAGGGAUUAACAGUGACGGUGAGGGUUUCUGUGCAGUGGGCCAUGAUGAUGUUACCCUCCCUUCAGCAGAGGACAGCAGAAAGGUACAUGACUAACCUGAAUGCCCACGGCCUCCCGGGCUUGGCGAACCGCCCCGAAGAGAACGACGAGACCGUGAGCGACGACUCCCUGCCCAGCACGCACUCGGACCCGUACGCCAGCCCCCAGAGCCACUCCCCCCUCAGCAGCCUGACAGGGAUGGCGGAGGUGGGCCCGUGCAGGGCAGCCGACGCGCCGCGGCGCCUCGGGCCCUGCCAGCAGCAGGACAGCCUCCCAUCUGGGUACGACCAGCUGACCCCUUUCCCUAGCCAGGCCGGCGACCCCCACAUGGGACACUGGUAUCAGCCCAGCUUCACCAGCAGUGGGUGCUGCUCCGGCGGGGGAUACCCCAACAGCCUGGCCUCCUGCCCGCCCUCUGGAGAAUACCUCAGCUACUACAGGCAAGACUGCUAUCCCGUCAGCGGGCAUUCGCCCUACUCAUUUACCCCAGGCCGGCACAGCCCCAGCCUCAGCUGCCUGGAGCCACCCCAGUCGCUACGCUCUGUACCUCCCCCAUUGGCUGGGCACGGCCCCUUCUUGACCCCGUACCCCUGCUGGCCUGGGGGUGCUGGCUGCUGUCAGCAGUGCCCUAAUGACAGGUACGGGAUGGCCGCAGCACCUCACCAUAGUCCCCGAGCUGGAUACCCCCUGCCCUGCCACCCCCCAGGUCUCGCUGGCUGCACCAGACCCGGUACCAACUCCACACAGAGCGCUUACACCCCCACAGACCCGCGUAAGAGAAGUGUAACGAGUAGCUCCCCCCUGCCCCUGGAACAGCGCAAGGUGUUUGUCACGUACGAAGCCGACAGCGACAAGCACGUUCACGAGAUCAUCCAGUUUGUGGCCUUGCUGCGGCGCAAUGGAUUUGACACGCGCAUUGACGUGUUCGAGCAGCAGUUCAAAAGCAUCAGCAAAAUCGAUUUCAUGGAGAAGUAUAUCAGCGAGAAAGACUACUUGAUCAUCAUAGUCAUCAGCCCCAAGUAUUACGAGACAGUCACGCAUUCUCACAUUAGUAUGGAAAACGACGAAAACACUUUGAACACGGUUUACAUCCACAAGCAGUUGCAGAAUGAGUUCAUCCAGAAUGGCAGCAAGAAUUUUCGCUUCAUCCCCAUUCUGUUUCCGGGGGCAAGAAAGUGUCACGUCCCCACCUGGCUGCAGAACACCCACAUCUACUGGUGGCCCAAGGACCGUGAUGACAUUCUCCGUCGGCUGAUGAGAGUGGAGAAGUACAACCCCCCACCUAUCGGCGAGCUCCCCACCAUCGUGUCCAUCCCUAUCUAGAGUGUGUGUGUGUGGGGGGGGGCAGGUGUGUACAGCUGCCUGUGUCUGAGCUCUUGGAGUAGGGUAUGUGCGUACCAAGAAUGGUUAGGGAGGGGUACUGUACCUCACCUUUCCUUACCCUCUUUCCUCUACUGCGCCCACCCCUCCAUUAGGACGCCCACGCAGUCUGACCCAAGGACCUCAGUAGACAUGGACACUCACACACCUCUGCAGGUUUGCACAAAGGCAAAAGGCAUCAUGGGAUGGCUCCCAGGAGACAGCACUCUUUGACUGUUCUGACUAGUCAUGCGGUCCUGUAGACGAUGGCUAUACUGCGGAUACCACCAUACUGAAAACCCCAUCGGCACAAGAUCUGGAUUGUCCUUCCAGAUUUGUAUUUUAAACAGAAUGGGAUGAACCAAUUGCAAGUAAUUAAUCUACAACACAAUAUCUAUCUUGCUGAUAAACUGAAUAGCCUGUAAAUCUUCUCCCUAAGUGCUCUUAGGUUUGGGGUGUUUCUGUUUCCAGGUGAGAAUUUCCUACUUGACUUACUGAUACAGAAAUAAUAUUUUAUCGAUUUUAUUUGAACUUUUCAUUAUAAUUGGAUAUGGGAUUUUUCUGUGUUUUUUCAUUGGAAAAGAGGGGGAUCAUAAAGUUAAAUUAUUGAAAACUUUAAGAAAUAUUAAAAAAUCUAUUCGCAUUAUGCUGUUUCUUGCGUGGAUGGUGCAGAUUGGUGUAGAAUGUCUGUAUCUUACCUUUGCAUUGGGACUGUUAACUGCUCGCACAACGGGAUCACGUGCAAGAAACAGUUUUGUACAUUACACUUUGCGAAACGGGAGUGAACUUGGAAAUAAAACGUGUUUUGUUCAAGGACAAAUAAGAGUCACAGAGGCGAAAGGGGUGAACCUUUUCUUCCUGUAGUAAAGAAUUUAUCAGCUGAAUGUAAUAAAGUUGGGUCUUUUCAUCACACCUCAGAUCUGGAGAGUUCACUUGACACCUGGUCAAAGCUUGUUGAAGGAGAUGCAAGUAUUUCUUAAACAAUUUCUUUAUUGUGUAACAAAGCCCAACUUACAAAAAGUGAAAAAAGAGAUGAAGGGGUGAGGAUUUGCCACCCAUUAAAAGAAAUAAGGAAUAAUUAAAGAAAUCCUCAAAUGGGAAAGCACGCCCGACUGCACUGUGUGGGGAUUUUCACGGGCAAAAUGUAAUAGAGUCGUAUGUCUUUCCAUAAAACAAGUUUCUGUAAAUGAAAACCACCUAGUCAGAUUUAAGAGUGUAUUGGUCUGCAUCUGACCUGGGGAGAUAUAAAUUAUUUGUUUUGAGCUGGCCUGCUUGGUAAACGAGCCCCAACAGUCCCCCCUCUUUGAAAGUUACUAAGGUCUUCUCUGGCCUCCAGGCACCCAGGCCUGUUGGGUUUGUAUACAAUCACAGCAGAUAUUUUGGUUUUACUGUACAUCGUGCAGACCAGCAGGUGUGUGGUCAUCAAGACCCAGGAUUGGGAGCUCCUGCAAUAGAACUUUGUAGAACAGCCCGGAGACAGGAUUAAGCUGUCAUUGCGGUAUUUUAGAGAUAAAAACUGCCGAAGUUCUAUUCAGCGGAUACAUCGUUUUCCUUGAAAGAGCCGUGAUGUGAUUUUCUCACUGUUUUUGGCCUCUGAAAAGUAAUAACAGCACGUGCCAGUGCGUGUGACCCAGCUUGUGGAAAUUCCACGGUUCUGCUGUGUGGAGGUUGUGGAAGGACCCUUGAUUCUGGGAGACUGCUUUCAGUUUCUGCAAUGUUCUGCGUUUUCAUUUCAGUCGCAAAAUCGGGUUUGGAGUUUUACUGUCCUAGUUUAGUGGGUCGGUUGUGCAUUUGCAGACCAGUUAAAGGAGACACCUUAUAGAACCGAUACUGAAACCAGGUGCUGGAACCCACUCAUUGAAAGAUUUCUGUUUUGUAUUUAUUAACAUUUCAAUAAAGAGUUAUUUUUUUAAUUGAAA